AGAUACGUCAAAACAAUGUGACAUAACCACCACGAGCAAAGUGUGUAACUUCGCGAUGUGUUUAUCAAUUUUACAAUUUUCCUUGAAGUUUUGAAUACAGUAGUGUCUUGAAUUUAAUUUAUUAUAUUAAUCGCCAUCAUGUCUUACACACUAAUGCGCUAUUUGAGGCGUACAGCGCUAGUAUCACCGCAAAUUCGCUUGGAACAUACCUUGACAAACCUAACCCAAGAAGAUUUCGUAUUUCGGCCUCCCCUAGCUCAGUGGAGCAAAGUUAUAAGGCAAGCAGAGAAGAUAGUGGGAUACCCAACCUCUUUUAUGAACCUGCGAUGGUUGUUGAGCGACGAAUUCGCCAAUUUAGCGAUGCACUUACGGAAAGUUGUGGACACCGACCAUCCAAUCAUAAAGACAGCAAAGACGGUCCUAUACAAUGAGCACAACAACCUCCAACCGUGGGGGCUCGUCAUCCUGCUGCUAUCCAAAGCAGUCAACCCUGGCUACUCAACGUUAAAACAGGACUCCAUCUCAGAGAACCAAAGAAUACUGGCCGAACUGACCGAAAUGAUACGCACAGGCCACUACAUUCAUCGAGGCCUUCUAAACGUACCCAUUGAAGACAGAGACAAGAAUAUCGACACAACUAUGUUCGCUAAUAAAAUAGCAAUACUAAUUGGUGACUAUUUGCUUGUCACUGCCAAUGGGAUGUUGGCCAGACUAAAAAAUCAAGACCUCUCGUAUUUAAUAUCAACAGCAUUACGGGACAUAAGUGAAGGGGAGUUCUUCGGCGAUAGAGAUUCUCAAAAUAUGCCACUACCUGGCAAGCCUAUAAGGAGUGAAGUGGAUGAUUUCCAAAUAUGUAGUGAUACUUUGCCGUUAGAUGUUACAAGAACUCUCGGCUCUCCAAUAAGAGAGUGGACGUUACGGACUAUGUACAACGGAGGGUCACUCUUCGGCCGAGGGUGUCAAGGUACUGUGUUACUGGCCGGCCAGACCUUGGAAGAGCAAGAAAAAGCUUAUCUUUUCGGCUCUCAUUUGUGUUUAGCGUGGCAAGCGGCCAGUGAAUUGCAAAAGCUGACAUCAGAAAGCAAUAAAUCAUAUUCCUUAGUAAGUGCACCAGUCUUGUUCGCUCUAAAUGAUAACCCCAAUUUGUACGAUACAAUAGCAAAAGGUAAACAAAAUAUAACUAGCAUAGAUUUAGAAAAAUUAAAAUUUGAUAUUUUUAAAACUGAUGCAGUUGAACGGACUAAAUUGCUGUAUCUAAAGAACUCAAAUAAAGCUGCCAGUUACAUAGAAAUGUUCGGUGACAGUGAAGUUAUUGAUACAAUAAAGAGGUUAAUAAAGACGUUGUAGUAGAAAUUAUAAUAAGCAGUACACUUAGAUACUUUUAAGUUAUUUGUAAAUCCAUUUUUGUUCGUCAGUUGUGAAGGACUUCAUUAAUUUUAUAAAUAAACUGGCUUUUUAUAACAAUUUAAAAACUCGAAAAUUCAGGUUCCUAUAUUUCAUUUUACAGUAUUAUUAAUUUGCAUCCUAUAUUAUUUUAGUUAUGUUAGAAAUAUAUUGUUGAGUACCCACUACAAGUAGGGUUUCUAACUAUCUAGCCUGGUAAUUGUCCACUCUGGCCUGGUAAUAAUUAAUUAAUAAUGGCAUAAGGUACAAACAUUACAUGACCUCUGUUAAAUGGUGAUAAAUACUGUUGUAAACAAUAAUUCGCGAAAUAAGCGUUAGUACAAGACAGUAACAGCUCUAACGUGAUCUAACGUUUUAUGUAAAUCGGCGAUAGAAUGAUAUUAGAUUCCAAAAAAAAUAAACGCGCGAAUAUUCGCCUAAUACAGAUUCACAAAUCGUCGAAGGUAUGGAUGGAUACUACGACUACAAGUUUUUAGUGCCUGCCUUAAGACUGCCCUAAGCUAAAAAGUCGCUCCAUUUUAAAGCACUGUAAGUCGAAUGCCCUUCCUUAGUUAUGAUUGUCUUUAUGUGUCUUAUGUAUUUUAUAUGUGUUAAAUAGAGCAUUUAUUCGUAUUCGAAUUGUUACAGACGGUAGGUACCUAGAAGGUACCAGUGAAAAUGAUUAGAUACCUCUGAAAGGAAUCGUUUAUUAUUGUUUUUAGUAAAUAUACAUUUUAACUAUGUUAUGUGAUAAUA